UUCCCCUGCUACUUGCUGGGAGAGAACAUUAGGAAUGCCUUUCAGUGCCUUGUUUCCUGAACUAGCUCACAGUAGCCAGGCGGCUUGGGGCAGUCUGAUCACAACUAGCCCUCACCCCUGCAGGAACCCGAUGCAGGCCAAGUUCAGCAGCACAAGGGACAUGCUGGAUGAUGAUGGGGACACCACCAUGAGCCUGCAUUCUCGAGCCUCUGCUGCAGCCCGGCGGCCAGAGCCCGGGCACACAGAGCACGGGACUCUCUCUCCAGCUUGGCGUCCGGUAGGCCUGACCCUGCUGGCUUUGUGCUUGGUGCUGCUGAUAGGCCUGGCAGUCCUGGGGCUUGUGUUUUUUCAGUUCUACCAGCUCUCCAAUACUCAGCAAGAUAGUAUCUCUCAAAAGGAAGAAAGAUUGGGGAACCUCUCCCGACAGCUGCAAUCUCUCCAAGCCCAGAACAGGAAGCUUGCAGAAACUCUGCAGCGUGUUGCUGAAAAACUCUGUCGUGAGCUCUAUAACAAAACUGGAGGACACAGGUGCAGCCCUUGCCCAGAAAAAUGGAAAUGGCAUGGAAAUAAGUGCUACCAGUUCUACAAAGAGAUUAGAAGUUGGCAAGGCUGUGAACAUUUCUGCAUUGCUGAGAACUCCACCAUGCUGAAGAUAAACACACAAGAAGUGCUGUACAGUGAAGACCCAAGUCUUAUUCCCAUUGCUUUGAAUGAUCCCCAGAAGUAUCUAAAAGGAGUUAUGUUCUCCACAAAUACCCACCUCUUCGAAACAUGA